AUGGAUCCAGAUGUGGAGAAGGCCGCGCUCGAAGCUCGGGACCAGGAGCACUCCGAGUUCCUUGCACAUCGCGAGGUCGAGGAGCCACCACGAAGGACUUCUACCGACAGCGACACCACCCGCGAUCCUGAAGACGAGCGGGAAGAGGCCCGUCGCAACAACCCCCUGGGCCUGACCAGGACCAAGUCCGGCGUCUCAGUCGAACAGGCCCGAGACGACUUCCAGCAGCUGCGUCGUGAGAUUUCCAGUCUCUCGAGGGCAUCCAGGGCCAGCCGCGAGGCAAGUCGCAAGGGCAGCAGGCAUGACAUCAAGCAGGAGAAAACCCACGAGGCCAUCGACGUAGCCGAAUCCGGCGGAACAUCGACCACACUCUCCGACGAUGAGCAGUUCGACCUGGAGGGGGCCCUGCGGACGGGCCUGGACGCCGAGCAGCAGGCCGGCAUCCGGCCGAAGCACAUCGGUGUUUACUGGGACCAAUUCACUGUCAAGGGAAUGGGUGGCUUCUCCAACUUUGUCAAGACCUUCCCGGACGCAUUCAUCGACUUUUUCGACGUCAUCUCCCCCUUCAAGAACAUCCUUGGACUCGGCAGGAAGGGCACCGAGGCCACGCUCCUGGACAACUUCCGCGGCGUCUGUCAACCUGGAGAGAUGAUCCUGGUUCUGGGUAGGCCUGGUUCUGGAUGCACGACCUUCUUGAAGACCAUUGCGAACCAGCGGUAUGGAUACACGAGCAUCUCUGGCGAGGUCCUUUAUGGACCGUACGAGGCCAAGGACUUCAACCUGUACCGAGGGGAGGCAGUCUAUAACGCCGAGGACGACCUGCACCACCCAACCCUUACCGUGGAGCAGACCCUCGGCUUCGCUCUGGACACCAAGACUCCCAAGAAGCUUCCGGCCGGUCUGACGAAGAACCAGUACAAGAAAUCAGUCAUCGACAUGCUGCUCAAGAUGUUCAACAUUGAGCACACGCGCAACACCAUUGUUGGUGGGCAUUUCGUGCGUGGUGUCUCUGGAGGUGAACGCAAGCGUGUCUCCAUUGCGGAGAUGUUGAUCACAAAUGCUUGCAUCCUGUCCUGGGACAACUCAACUCGUGGCUUGGAUGCAUCGACGGCACUGGACUUUGUCAAGUCGCUCCGGAUCCAGACGGACUUGUACCGGACGACGACUUUUGUCUCUCUGUACCAGGCCUCCGAGAACAUCUACAAGGAGUUCGACAAGGUGCUCGUCAUCGACGGUGGAAAGCAAGUCUACUUCGGCCCCUCCAACACAGCGAGAGCCUACUUCGAAGGCCUCGGUUUCGCCCCUCGUCCGCGACAGACGACACCGGAUUACGUGACGGGUUGCACGGAUGAGUUCGAACGCCAGUACGCGGAGGGAUACUCCGAGGAGAACGCACCGCACGACCCCGAGUCCCUGGCCGAGGCGUUCAAGGCCUCACAGCUGUCGAAAGACCUGGCCCAGGAGAUGACGGAGUACAAGGCGCGCCUCAAGGAGGCCCAGCAGCAGCACGACGACUUCAGGAUAGCGGUGCAGGAGAGCAAGCGGACCGGUGCCAAGAAGUCUGUCUACGCGGUUGGUUUCCACCUGCAAGUCUGGGCUCUGAUGAAGCGGCAGUUCGUCCUCAAGAUGCAGGACCGGCUCGCACUUAUCCUCGGGUGGCUGAGGAGUAUCAUCAUUGCCAUCGUCCUCGGAACCCUGUACCUCAAUCUCGGCCAGACGUCAGCCAGUGCUUUCAGCAAGGGUGGUCUGAUGUUCAUCUCGCUCCUGUUCAACGCCUUCCAGGCCUUCUCGGAGCUCGGCGGUGUCAUGACAGGCCGGGCUGUGGUCAACAAGCACAAAGCAUAUGCCUUCCAUCGGCCUUCGGCCCUGUGGAUAGCACAGAUCAUUGUCGACCAAGCCUUUGCCGCUUCGCAGAUUCUCGUCUUCUCGAUCAUCGUCUACUUCAUGGCGAAUCUCUCCCGGAGCGCCGGCGCAUUCUUCACGUUCUACCUCAUGGUCCUGGUUGGCAACAUCGCCAUGACGUUGUUCUUCCGAAUCCUCGGCUGCAUCAGUCCCGACUUUGACUAUGCCAUCAAGUUCGCCGUCGUCAUCAUCACCUUCUUCGUGACAACCGCAGGCUAUAUGAUCCAGUACCAGGCUGAGAAGGUCUGGUUGCGGUGGAUCUACUGGAUCAAUGCGCUUGGCCUGGCCUUCAGCGCCAUGAUGGAGAACGAGUUCAGCAGGAUCGAAAUGACAUGCUCGGGCCCGCAGCUCAUCCCGUCUGGCCCGGGCUACGACGACAUUAACCACCAGGUCUGCACCCUGGCUGGGUCCCGACCAGGCACUGAUCAGGUCUCUGGGAGCGACUACAUCGUCGAGGGGUUUUCGUACCACCCAGAGGACCUGUGGAGAAACUUCGGCAUCAUCAUAGCUUUGAUCGUCGCCUUCCUGUUCCUGAACGUCCUGUUGGGUGAGCUCGUCAAGUUCGGAAUGGGCGGCAACACCUUCAGGAUCUUCCAGAAGCCCAACGCCGAGAGGAAGGCCCUGAACGAAGCCCUGGCCAAGAAGCUGGAGGAGCGCCAGAAGAACAAGACCGAGGUCGAUGCGGGUGGCGACAUGAAGAUCGAGUCCAAGAGUGUCCUCACGUGGGAGAACCUUGUCUAUGAUGUCCCAGUUCCCGGUGGAACCCGACGACUCCUCAACAAUGUGUUUGGCUACGUCAAGCCUGGUGAGUUGACGGCUCUGAUGGGUGCUUCAGGCGCCGGAAAGACGACCCUGCUGGACGUGCUUGCCGGGCGCAAGAACAUCGGUGUCAUCGGGGGUGAUAUCCUGGUUGAUGGUAUCAAGCCCGGCAAGGAGUUCCAGCGAUCCACCAGUUACGCCGAGCAACUCGAUAUGCACGACCCGUCCCAAACUGUCCGAGAGGCACUGCGAUUCUCAGCCGAUCUGCGUCAGCCCGUUGAGACUCCCCAAGAGGAGAAGUACACAUACGUCGAAGAUGUCAUUGCCCUGCUGGAAAUGGAGAGCAUCGCCGACGCCAUCAUCGGGUCCCCCGAGGCCGGCUUGACCGUCGAGCAGCGCAAGCGUGUGACGAUCGGAGUCGAGCUGGCGGCGAAACCCCAGCUUCUGCUCUUCCUCGACGAGCCCACCUCCGGUCUCGACAGCCAGAGCGCGUACAACAUCGUCCGUUUCCUCCAGAAGCUUGCCCGCGCCGGCCAGGCCAUUCUCUGCACCAUCCACCAGCCCAACGCCGCGCUCUUCGAGAACUUCGACCGCCUGCUCCUCCUGAAGUCCGGAGGUCGCUGUAUCUACUUUGGAGACAUUGGCAGGGACGCCCGCGUCCUGCGUGAGUACCUGGCGCGUCACGGCGCCGUCGCCGGAGAGACCGACAACGUGGCCGAGUUCAUGCUGGACGCGAUAGGAGCGGGAUCGUCGCCGCGGAUCGGCGACAAGGACUGGGCCGACAUCUGGGAGGACAGCAGCGAGCUGGCCAACGUGAAGGACCACAUCUCGCAGCUCAAGGAGUCCCGGAAGGCGGCCGGCGAGCAGGUCGACCCGACGCUGCAGAAGGAGUACGCGUCGACGCUGUCGCACCAGCUGCAGGUGGUCAUCAAGCGCACCAGCCUGUCGUACUGGCGGUCGCCCAACUACCUCUUCACGCGGCUGUUCAACCACGUCAUCAUCGCCCUGCUCACCGGCCUGACCUUCCUGAACCUGGACGACUCGCGCUCGUCGCUGCAGAACAAGGUCUUCGUCAUGUUCCAGGUGACGGUGCUGCCCGGUCUGAUCAUGUCGCAGGUCGAGGGCAUGUACCACUUCCAGCGCUCCAUCUUCUUCCGCGAGCAGUCGUCCAAGAUGUACUCGGCCUUCACCUUCACCACCUCCAUCGUGCUGGCCGAGAUGCCCUACUCGGUCCUCUGCGCCGUCGCCACCUUCCUGCCCUUGUACUACAUGCCUGGCCUGCAGACCGAGUCGUCCCGCGCGGGCUACCAGUUCUUCAUGAUCCUCAUCACGGAGCUCUUCGCCGUCACCCUAGGCCAGGGCCUGGCGGCGCUGACGCCCUCAAUGUUCAUCUCGUCGCAGUUCGACCCCUUCAUCGUCAUCACCUUCGCCCUCUUCUGCGGCGUCACCAUCCCCGGGCCCCAGAUGCCGGGAUUCUGGCGCGCGUGGCUGUACGAGCUCGACCCCUUCACCCGCCUCAUCGGCGGCAUGGUCACCACCGCCCUGCACGGCCUCGAGGUCCGCUGCACCGACGUCGAGCUCAACCGCUUCACGGCGCCCGCGGGCCAGACCUGCGGCCAGUACAUGGAGCCCUACUUCGCCUCGGGUGGCCCUGGCUACAUCGUCAGCAACGACACCAGCGACUGCGGGUACUGCGCCUACAAGGUCGGCGACCAGUUCUACGAGCCCCUGGGCAUGAGCUUCGACAACCGCUGGAGGGAGCUGGGUAUUUAUCUCGCCUUCGUCGGGAGCAACCUGAUCAUCCUGUUUUUGGCGGGCCGCUUCCUCAACUACAACAAGCGAUGA